AUGCGGAGGGCGCUGUCGCUCGCCGCGCGGGCGCGUCCGUGGGCGCGGGCAGGUCGCUUCAGGAGACGGCGAGGGCGGGGUCGGGCCAGCGGUGACCUCGGUGGACUUCUCGCCCAGUGGCGAGGUGAUGCUCGCGGUCGUGGAGUCUCGCCUCGGGGCCGAACUGCGCUUCCUGAGAGCGCCGAGAGCGGCCGCGCGCUGCACCGGCUGAAGUUCGAGGCGGUCCACGCGGCGCUGUGGCGCCCGGCGCCGCCCGGCGUGUUCCCGGCCCCGGAGUUCCCCGCCCCGCCGGCCGAGGCGAGGCUCGGCACCCUGGCGGGCGCCGCCACCCUCGAGGUCGAGCUCCAUGACAGGGAGACCGUGCGGCGGCGGGCGGCCGGCCUGCGGGCGCGCCUGCGCGAGAUCGAGCGCCUCCGGGCGCGGGGCGCGGCGGCGCUGGACGCGCAGCAGCGGGAGAAGGUUGCCCAGGAGGCGGAGGCGAGGGCCGCGCUGGAGAGGCUAGAGGAUUCGACCAGGCAGAAGUGCUGGACCAGCCCGGGCGUCUGCUGUUCGAGGUUCGCUCCGCUUGGGGCACCCACCAGCUGGAAUGGAGGAGAGUGGCGACAGCUGUCGGGAGCUCGCCCGCAUGUUCUGCCGCGAGCACGGGCUAGACUUGCCGCUGGCCACGCCGCUGGCGGAGCGCCUGGAGCUGCGGCUGCAGCAGGGGCCAGGCGCGGCCGGCGGGCCCGACGGCGCUGUGGGGCCAGGCGUUCAGAUGGGCGUCGCGCCCAGGCACCACGGCCCAAAGCCCAAGGAAGUGGACCUCCAGGAUAAGGACCGCCCAGGUGAGAAGGGCGGUGAGGGGUAGAGUGGGGGGCCAACGUUCCUACGCAACCCAUACCUCACAGACCGUGAGAAGGAGGCUGGGGGGGAUGGGUGCAGCUCUCUGUGUUCCAACGCUUCCCGCUGGGCGGCAGGAUCUAUCUAUCUAACGAUGAGGCCACCUGGCCAACAGUCCAUCGGAGACGCCUGCGGCGAGUCACCGUCGCCCUCUGCCCUUCUGGAAACGACGACGCUGC